UCUCUAUCCUAUUUUUUAUUUUUUAUUUCGAUUUCAUUAAGAAAAUCAUUUUCAUUUUUUCGCCGACACAUCGCACACGCAUACACAACACACUUCCUUUCUCUCUCCUCAUUACACCAAGCUUCGAAUCUCUCUGUUUCUCUCUCUCUCUCUCCGUCUCCUUUAAUGGCGAUGCCUCUUCUCAGAGGUCGCGAUCUCAAUCCCAACUGCUACUUCUACUUCCACGACUCCCCAUUCUCUUCUUCUUCUUCUUCACCUGCGCGCGCGUCCAUGGUGCUCUUGCAUGUUCCUCGCCUCACCUGAACCUCCCACCCUCCCUCCUCAGCUGCUUCGCAUUUACCACCAAUGGCCGACGCGCUCUUGUCUCACUCGCUCACUGAGUCGCUACUACUUGUGUUCUUAGCUGCGAUCUUUGCUUUUCCACCUCUUGUUGGAGCCUUCACUGAUGCUUCAGAUGUUCAAGCUCUUCAGGUUAUGUACACCUCACUAAACAGCCCUUCGCAGCUAACUGGUUGGACAAGUAAUGGUGGUGAUCCGUGUGGGGAGUCAUGGAAAGGGAUAACUUGUGAAGGUUCAGCUGUUGUCUCAAUAGAAAUUUCUGGGUUAGGACUCAGUGGAACGAUGGGAUACAUGCUUGCCAACCUUGUGUCUUUGAGAAAAUUUGAUUUGAGUGACAACAACAUUCACGACACAAUCCCAUAUCAAUUGCCGCCGAAUCUUACGAGCCUGAAUCUUGCGAAAAACAACUUAAGUGGGAAUCUUCCUUAUUCCUUUUCUACCAUGUCUUCUCUCAAUUAUUUGAAUGUUAGCCGCAACUCACUCGCUCAGUCAAUAGGAGACGUUUUUGUUAAUCUUUCUAGCCUUGGAACCUUGGAUCUCUCCUUCAACAAUUUUUCGGGUGAUCUUCCUAAUACAUUAGGCUCAUUGUUCAAUCUUUCUUCACUCUACAUGCAGAACAAUCAAUUAACUGGUUCUCUGAAUGUUCUGACGGGUUUACCUUUGACUACACUAAAUGUGGCAAACAACCACUUCACCGGAUGGAUACCUCAAGAGCUUAGUUCAAUUCAUAGUUUUAUAUAUGAUGGAAAUUCAUUUGACAAUGGUCCUGCUCCUCCGUCACCACCACAUACCCCACCUCCCCCAGGAAGAUCUCAUAAUAACCGCAACCAUUCUGGAUCUGGCACACACACAGAGGAUUCUGACCAUGAUGCAUCUCAUUCAGAGAACGGGUUGGCAGUUGGGGCUAUAGUAGGGAUCAUUCUGGGUUCUAUAUCUGCUGCUGCCAUUGUGUUCCUCGCUAUUUUCAUUUGCAUCCGAAGGAAUAAACGGAAGGUCACAGGUGCAAGACCUUCUGGGGCAAGUCUUUCUAUUGGCUCAAAUAGUGUAAGUACUGAAAUGCAAGAGCAGAGGGUAAAACCAAUGGCUGUUGUAACAGAUCUAAAGCCCCCACCGGCAGAGAAAGUGAUGGUUGAUAGCCUGCAUGGGAAAAAUGGAUCUGUAAAGAGGAUAAAGUCACCCAUCACUGCUACUUCAUAUACCGUCGCGUCUCUACAGACAGCAACUAAUAGCUUUAGUCAAGAAUUUCUUAUUGGUGAAGGCUCCCUUGGUCGGGUUUACAAAGCAGAUUUCCCAAAUGGAAAGGUAAUGGCCAUUAAGAAAAUCGACAAUGCAGCACUAUCAUUACAGGAGGAGGAUAACUUUCUAGAAGCUGUUUCUAACAUGUCCCGCCUGAGGCACCCAAACAUUGUUACACUGGUUGGAUAUUGUGCAGAGCACGGACAGCGUCUUUUGGUUUAUGAAUUUGUAGGAAAUGGAAGCUUGCAUGACAUGCUCCAUUUUUCAGAAGAUGGAGGCAAGACCCUCACUUGGAAUGUGCGUGUCAGGGUAGCACUUGGCACUGCUCGAGCCUUAGAGUACUUGCAUGAAGUGUGCUUACCUUCUGUUGUACAUAGAAACUUCAAGUCAGCAAACAUUUUGCUCGACGAAGAGCUCAAUCCCCACUUGUCAGAUUGUGGCUUAGCUGCUUUAACACCAAACACAGAACGACAGGUUUCGACGCAGAUGGUUGGUCAAUUUGGUUAUAGCGCUCCUGAAUUUGCCUUGUCAGGAGUCUACACUGUGAAAAGUGAUGUAUACAGCUUUGGGGUGGUGAUGCUGGAGCUUCUGACUGGUCGGAAGCCACUAGACAGUUCAAGAGUUAGAUCCGAACAAUCACUUGUAAGAUGGGCCACUCCCCAACUCCAUGAUAUCGAUGCCUUAGCAAAAAUGGUUGAUCCUGCUCUGAAUGGCAUGUACCCUGCAAAGUCUCUCUCGCGCUUUGCAGACAUCAUUGCUCUCUGUGUUCAGCCGGAACCCGAAUUUCGGCCACCAAUGUCUGAGGUUGUGCAAGCAUUGGUACGAUUAGUGCAAAGGGCAAGCGUAAUCAAAAGGCGUUCGAGUGACGAAUCGGGUUUUUCAUACAAGACCCCUGACCACGAAGCAAUCGACAUCUCAAUGUAAGUGUCCCAACAAUUUUCAGUUUUUCAUACGACCAUACAUGCAGAGGUCAGUUCCUGGCUUGAGCGCACACAGAGCAAUGAAGAAGGUAAAUAAAAAAUAGCAAAAAACGACUAUGCAUUGAGAGAGGUGAUUAGCUAUGGUUGACGCACACGAAGAGAUGAGAAGUUAGUGAGGAUGUGUGGGAACUCCAGAAAGUUGGUAAUAGGUAAGCAGAGAUGUGUAAUUAUGAUGCAUAUAAAACUGGAAACGCGGUUGAGGUAUAGCUAGAAUUCUGCUUUGUAUUUAUUUAUAUUAACCUUUGUCUGCGGUACUCUUAAGAGGCACAAUGGAGAUGCUUUUUUUGCAUCAAAAUAAGAUUUUACCUUUAUUUUUUUACCCUUAAUACAACUUGCUUUGUAA